UGGAAAAGUCCUAAAUUCCUAAACUGUCCUUUCAACAAAGUCGACUGAAGAAGCAUCUGAGGCAUAGUGAAAAGAUCGGACUCUUCAAGCUACAAUCUUAUUCUCCUCUGUAUUGAAUCUCACCAUGGAAGCUCUCUUUACUUCAACACACAUCCCCAAUUUACAGACGAGGCCUCUCCUCAAAUCUUCGCUGCCCACUUCUUCCCAGUCUUCUUCGUGCUGGUUGUGUAGUUCGCUUCCCAAAAGGCAAUUCUCGAAGCUGAGAAUCAGUAAUGGAUCAAGUCACGGGCUUCGUGUACAAGCUCUCUUACGUAACGAGACACCAAGUGAAGGCGAAGACAAUAUGGCUGAGAGUAGUGGGUUUGAUUUUUUCUCUGGGGGUGUUUUCUCUUUAUCACAGGGAAAUCUCGGGAGUAAUCUCAUUGGUGAAAGUUGUGUAAUCGAUGUGGAGGGGAGACCACAACUAUCUCUUGACGAUUUAGUCACGAGUAACCGAAAGGGAGAGGUUCUUGGCACAAUCAAAGACUCGCUGUCAAAUUGUCUCUCUGAGACGAAUCUUCUAGAGACUGUUCCUGGUCUGAAAUCUAGAAUCAGGGGAAAGGUCAGAGAUAUUUAUGAUGCUGGUGAUUAUCUGGUUCUUAUUACAACUGAUCGGUUGAGUGCAUUCGACAGAAAUCUUGCUUCAAUUCCCUUCAAAGGCCAGGUUCUUAAUGAGACAAGUUUGUGGUGGUUCAAUAACACACAGCACAUAACUCCAAAUGCAAUUGUUUCAUCUCCUGAUAGAAAUGUUGUUAUCGCAAAGAAAUGCUCGGUUUUUCCCAUAGAGUUUGUGGUUAGAGGAUAUGUGACUGGAAGUACUGACACGUCAUUAUGGACGGUUUACAAUAAAGGUGUUCGGAACUACUGUGGGAAUGAGCUCUCAGAUGGAUUAGUAAAAAACCAGAAGCUUCCAGCUAAUAUACUUACACCAACAACUAAGGCUGCGGAUCAUGAUGUGCCCAUCUCUCCAAAUGAGAUAGUUGAACGUGGAUUCAUGACUCAAGCUGAUUUUGAUGAAGCAAGUAUGAAAGCUUUGAGCUUGUUUGAGUUUGGGCAGCGGGUUGCCAAGGAUCAUGGACUGAUACUGGUGGACACAAAGUAUGAGUUUAGAAGAAGUAGUGAUGGCUCAAUCUUAUUGAUUGAUGAGAUUCAUACACCCGAUUCCAGCAGAUACUGGCUUGCAAGUUCAUAUGAAGAGCGCUUUCAAAAAGGCAUGGAGCCUGAAAAUGUUGAUAAGGAGUUCCUAAGAUUGUGGUUCAAAGAGAACUGCAAUCCGUAUGAGGACGAGGUCCUGCCAGCUGCCCUAACAGAACUCGUGACUGAAUUAGCUUGGCGGUAUGUAUUUUGA